GGAAGGGGGAGAAAAGGCAAGGCGCCCUGGAAUGAAAACAUGCGUUUUUCCGUGCAGGCUGGCUCUGGGUGCUCGCUCGCUACCAUCAGAACCCGAAGCUCUUUGGCGUCCUGAAACUUUGCUUGCCCCCCACUUUACUGGCUGGAUUUCCACAAGAUGCACAUAAAUCCGGGAGGGUUGUGGCUCAGCGUGCGGUAGAAACCUGGCUGUGAUCUCAGUGUGUUGUAGGAAUCCAUAGAAGAGGAGAUCUGUAGCUCAGGGUCAAAGUGUGGAGUUCUUGGUGCUCGUUUAGUUACCCAACCAGGUACAGUAAUACCUUCACCAAGCACCAAGAACUUCACAGUUGCAUGUGUCAGGCUGCCGUCACAUGAAGCAACGGUAUAGUCGUUUAUUUUUAGGAUCGUAGCUUGUGAUGUGAACACAGCAAUUAUAUUGUAUUAACCUGGGCUUGACGUGGCGUGUGAAUCCAGGCCACAGGGUGAGUUUGGCGAAUUAGGGUGGGAGUUGUUUCUGCAGUGUUGGAAGAGCCCCUUGAUUACAGUAGGCCUUGUAUGGCUAAAUUUGUAUUAAACGUGUAUUAAGCAGGAAUGGAAAACAUCAGGCCAAGUUUUGCUUUGGUAGAUGUAUGUUGAUGUAACAGGCCUGGGAUUCCUGAUUCAUGUCAGUUAUAAAAGUUAUAAGCUUUGGCCCUACCUACAAUGCUGCAGCCUCGACGUGCAAUUUGGGAUGAGAUCCUCUUGCCUCUUUUUUGAUUUAGGAGCUGGAUAAUUAUGGGAGAGCACUUUUGCUUUAUCCCAAGAAAAUUAGAAAAUGUUAGAUCUUCUAAUAGGCAUUUCAGAAUGGGGGUUUCCCUCCUGAAGAAGCAUCUACAGACUGUUCAGUUUCAUUCUUAUGAUUGCUAGCAGAGUCCACAGUUACACACAGAAACUCUCCAGUUCAGUCCUUGGUGCUGCCCUGUAAUGCUGGGGGGAAAAUGCUUGCUGAAAUUUUGGAAAUCUGGGAUACAGAAGCCUUUAUGGGCCAAGGGCUGUCUUUCAGGGUAUGCUAGGGUGGGACAGGACCCAAACCUAAAAUCGUUUUAAAUUAAUCGCAUGCACUUUAUGGGAUUACUUGCCAUUUUCCCUUUAGUAUUGCAUUGAAAUUAUAAUGGGGGGGGUGGAUAUUACUUAAGGCUUGCGGGGGGUAUGAGUUGGGCUCUCCUGAUGUAAGUUAUGUAUGGAAGUUUCCAGCAGAAUGAAAGUUCCCAGCGUUCCCUGACUAAGGCCUUCUACUGUGCCAAGAAGUUAUUUUGGCUUAGGUUUUGUGGGUGAAGUAAAACGCCUUUUAGCCGAACCAUUUAAGCAGUCAUCUCUCUUAUGCUCUGUUUUUCUUUUCCCUGAUCUAGUUUCUUAUCCUGUCUAAGGCUCGCUUAGCAGUUGAUGCAGAAAAUAAAGAGGGCUCGGCUGGAAAACGAAAGUGCGGGAAGUUGGAGAAGUUCCUUGACCAGUUCCGGGGGAAGGCUAAAGAUGACGGCGGUUGAUGCUCUGUCAGAUAGCACUGAAGCAGUAGAGAUGGAGGACGCAUCCACUUCCCAGUUCCAGGUGGAGAAACACUCGUGGGAGGGGUUGCGUGACAUCAUUCAUGGCAGCCGGAAGUACACGGGGAUGAUCGUGAAUAAGGCACCCCAUGAUUUCCAAUUUGUCCGUAAAACGGAAGAGUCGAGCCCUCAUUCCCAUCGGCUAUAUUACCUAGGAAUGCCAUAUGGAAGCAGGGAGAAUUCUCUUCUGUACUCAGAGAUUCCCAAAAAGGUACGGAAAGAAGCCCUACUGCUCUUGUCAUGGAAACAAAUGCUGGAUCAUUUCCAGGCGACUCCACACCAUGGGAUGUAUUCCAGGGAAGAAGAGCUGCUAAGGGAACGCAAGCGCCUGGGUGUUUUUGGGAUCACCUCCUACGACUUCCACCGGGAGAGCGGCCUCUUCCUCUUCCAGGCCAGCAACAGCCUCUUCUAUUGUCGGGAUGGAGGGAAAAAUGGGUUUAUGGUCUCUCCCAUGAAGCCACUGGAAAUCCAGACGCAGUGUUCAGGGCCCAGGAUGGACCCCAAAAUCUGCUCAGCUGACCCUUCCUUCUUCUCAUUCAUCAACAACAACGACCUAUGGGUGGCGAACAUUGAGACGGGGGAAGAGCGGCGCCUGACCUACUGCCAGAAAGGUUUAUCCAGUGUGCUAGAUGACCCCAAGUCAGCCGGUGUGGCUACUUUUGUCAUUCAAGAAGAAUUUGAUCGGUUUACAGGGUACUGGUGGUGUCCCACUUCUUGCCAAGAAGGACCUGAAGGCUGGAAGACACUGCGAAUUCUGUACGAGGAAGUGGAUGAGUCAGAGGUGGAGGUGAUUCACGUCCCUUCUCCAGCCCUCGAAGAACGGAAAACAGACACAUACCGAUAUCCCAGAACAGGCAGCAAAAAUCCCAAGAUCUCACUGAAGCUGGCAGAGUUUCAAACUGACAGCCAAGGGAAGAUUGUGCAUGCCCGGGACAAGGAACUGGUGCACCCCUUUGCUACAAUGUUCCCCAACGUGGAGUACGUUGCACGAGCUGGUUGGACCCGAGAUGGCAAGUAUGCUUGGGCCAUGUUCCUAGACAGACCUCAGCAGCAACUCCAACUCAUCCUUUUCCCUCCCGCGCUCUUCAUCCCAGUCCCAGAAAACGAGGAACAGCGCCUGGAAUUUGCCAAAGCUGUGCCCGAGAACGUCCAUCCAUUCGUCAUCUAUGAAGAAGUCACCAGUGUCUGGAUCAACGUCCACGACAUCUUCUACCCUUUCACCCAGCCAGAGGAGAAAGAGGAAGAGCUGACUUUUAUCCGAGCGAAUGAAUGCAAGACGGGCUUCUGCCACCUGUACAGAGUCACAGCCAUCCUGCAGCGCAAGACGUACGAUUGGACUCGGCCGUACGUGCCUAGCAAAGAUGACUUCAAAUGCCCUCUCAAGGAAGAAGUGGCCCUCACCAGUGGAGAAUGGGAGGUUCUGGCCCGGCAUGGGUACAAGAUUUGGGUGAAUGAAGAAACAAAGCUGGUGUAUUUCCAGGGCACGAAGGAUACCCCUUUGGAACAUCACCUCUACGUGGUCAGCUACGAAUCUCCUGGUGAGGUCGUGCGGCUCACCACCCUGGGCUUCUCCCACAGCUGCUCAAUGAGCCAGAACUUUGAUAUGUUCAUCAGUCACUACAGUAGCGUCAGGACCCCUCCUUGUGUGCACGUUUACAAGCUCAGCGGCUCGGAUGAAGACCCUCUCCACAAGCAGCCAAAAUUUUGGGCCAGCAUGAUGGAAGCAGCCAGCUGUCCUGCUGAUUACAUCCCCCCUGAAAUCUUUCAUUUCCGCACCCAGUCGGAUGUCGAGCUGUAUGGGAUGGUGUACAAACCACACGACCUCCAGCCUGGGAAGAAGCAUCCCACGGUGCUCUUUGUCUACGGGGGGCCUCAGGUCCAGUUAGUGAAUAAUUCCUUCAAAGGGAUCAAAUACCUGCGGCUGAACACGCUGGCGUCCCUUGGCUAUGCUGUGGUGGUGAUCGACGGGCGAGGCUCAUGCCAGAGAGGCCUUAAGUUCGAGGGAGCUCUUAAGAAUCAAAUGGGCCAGGUGGAGAUCGAGGACCAGGUUGAAGGUUUACAUUACGUAGCGGAGAAAUACGGGUUCGUCGACCUCAGCCGCGUUGCCAUCCAUGGCUGGUCAUACGGAGGCUUCCUCUCCCUCGUGGGGCUCAUUUACAAGCCUCAUGUUUUCAAGGUCGCCAUAGCAGGGGCCCCCGUCACUGUCUGGAUGGCUUACGAUACUGGAUACACGGAACGGUACAUGGAUGUCCCAGAGAACAACCAGCAAGGCUAUGAAGCAGGCUCAGUGGCCCUGCAUGUCGAGAAACUCCCCAAUGAGCCCAACCGCUUGCUGAUUCUCCAUGGGUUUCUGGAUGAAAAUGUGCACUUUUUCCACACCAGUUUCUUGAUCUCCCAACUAAUCCGGGCUGGGAAACCGUAUCAGCUACAGAUCUAUCCAAACGAGCGACACAGUAUUCGUUGCCCUGAGUCCGGGGAGCACUACGAAAUCACGCUGCUGCACUUUCUUCAAGAAUACCUCUGAGAGGGCGGACGGCCCCCCU